GACAAAAACCACCCGGUCCACCGUACAAAAAAAGAUGUUUACCGCUCGCUGCCUCCUCCUUCUCCCCUCGACCCGGGCCCUCACCUUCACCCGCUGCCUCCACGACUCCCUCCCACCACCACCUGUACCCGCGACAACCAGUAGGACGCCAGACGUGCCCGCAUUCCUCAGGCAAAUCGGGCGGAACACGAUCCAGCACGCGCCAAAGUUCGAGACGUGGGAGCAGUUCUUCUCCCUGACCUCCGGGCAGCUGCGGAAUUUGGGGGUUGAGCCGCCGAGGGAUAGGAGGUACAUCCUGCACUGGAGGGAGAGGUAUAGGGUUCUCAACGGGGAUGUCGUGCUCAAAGAGCACAAGAGGGGGGUCAAAGUUGAUGGGGGGGAGCGGAGACGGGCGUCAGUUCUGGCGAAGAGGAGGGCGGAUGCGCGGAAGGAGCAGAGGAAGAGCGCCCAGGAGGGGAAGGAGUCUGAGAAGGGGAACUAUCUUUGAGAAGGGAUUGGAUGGAUGGGAGCUUUGUAUGUUCAAUUCCCGAUGGGUGUCUUGCUGAAAAGCUGAAUUCAGUGCUGGUUUUUAUAUCUGCCCACCACUGUGGGCUGGGAGUAUGGUAAUUUGAGCCGACGAUAACAAUG